UGUCUUUUUAGCAAAUUACUAGGUGAUAACCCGCGCCCUACGCGGAGUGAAUUCACUCGGUGAUUUAAUGUUUAACAUCUUGACUUUAAUCUUCCACAUACUCUUGAAUGGUUUCAAAUCAGACAUAUCAGUUAUCGCAGCCAUUAUAGAAGAAUGAGGGAAGAGUAGUUAUGUUUUUGUGUGAUUGAGAUGAGUACAAUUCGUAGGGGACGUGAGUCUUAUAUAAGAGUAAAACCCUAAGGCUUGUAACUUAGUUUCCACGUUAAGAGCGAAUUGAUUAUCAUAUAUUUUUGCAUUGGCCAGCACACUAAGAUUUAAUUAUAUUGCCAUAAACUGAUUAUCUUAGUUGAUUCUCAUAUAUUUUGGCCUUGGCGAGCAACCAGCGAAUUGGUUUUAACCGCAAGAUUUCAAUAGACUCAUUAAUCUCGGAACCGACCGGUUCGGUUCAAUAAACCCAAAUAACGUAGUUACAAUAUCACGUUCUGUUAAACUCUCUCUUACAGAGUUCUCACGUAACGUUGUUAUAAUGCUUUGGAGUUCUUGCUUCACAAACUCAUGGUACGUUGAAUACAUUAUAGUGCCACAAAUUCCGUAUAAGAGAAAAGGAAAAGACGUCUUCAUCUUCUCCGUUCUGUCCUCUUGAGUAACAGAGAACUCAGCUUCUCUUCUUGGGAUGCCGUCAUCUUCUCUUUCGAUCAAUCUUCUUGGGAUUCUCUAUACUCCUAUAUACUCUUUAUAUCUCAAGCAUGCGCAUAGAUUGACAUAUUGAAGAGCAAAGAUAUGUGAGAACUCAGAAGUCACGUUCAAGAACAACGUUAGACAGAAUAAUGAUACUAUUUAUAGUUCAUACAUUCUAUACACGUUCAAGAACUGUAAUGCAGUGAGGAGCUUCGCACCUUAGCAUUCCAACCUAGCUUGCAGUAAUGUAUAUGAAUCCAGUGGAUUAUAAUGUUGGUGACGUACUGGAUCGUGAUGCAAACCCCCCCCCCCCCAGCUAUGUGCACGUCAGAGCAUGACCGUCUAUGGUCUCGAAAGUGUUCAGGAUGAGUACAUCUUUCAGAUAAACGGUCAUUUCUCAUUGAAAUAUGAUACAGAUUGUGCUCUUCUUCAAAGUGUUCAGGAUGAGUUCUUCAUUGAGAUGAAUGGUCAUGUCUCGUUUAAAGAUGAUACAGAGGGAUUCGUCUUGAACCACGACGUGUAUAAACGUUCCGAGUCUUGGGGUAACUGGGUCGUCGUUUCCUGAGUCGGAGGAUAAGUAGAACUCCGAACCUUUCAUUAAAAGUAGUGCGGUUGAAGUAAAUGGUGAGUAAGAAUAAAGAAGAGACAAAUUCGUAGCAUGAGCUUUACGUGAGAACUUCAAAUCAUGAGUUGGUUACUUAAUUUUCUAGAUUAAGGAAACUCUUUAAGAAAUCUGCUAAUAGAAAAAUCAAAUAAGGAAACUAAUUUGUGAGAGUCUCUAUCCAAUAGACACGUGUCCUACUUGGUGUGAAAGCAUUAACUCCAUUGCUCCUCUUUUAAUAUAUAAGGGAUAUUUAUUUAUUUUUUCUUUUUGUUUUUACUAAAUUUAUUCUUCCGCUUUUUCAAAAACAACUUUCCCUCCCUCCACUCCCCUCUCCUUUUAUCGUUAUCUGUACGAGCCAACCGAUCGGUGACCAACGAAACCAAAAUUCUUGGUUGGCUGGCCCAACCCGGUUAAACAAACCGAGAUCGGUUUAGUUGAGAAAACUGAGAUCAAACUGAAGAUUAAAUAAUGAUAGUAUCAUCACUCUUUUUCAGAAUCAGACAGAUGAUAAUUUAUUUCAUAAAUCGUUCUAUCAUCUUUAUUCGUUUGCUCUCUAAUGGAUAGACUCUUGAAUGGCUUUAAUGAAAUAUAUGUUCCAUGCUCCUCCUUUGUUUUUUUUUUUAGUAAGCUCUAGUUAGAUAAACUUAUAUUUUAAUUUUUGUAAAUAGCAUAUGAUUAUAUUAGCCGUGUGCAUUUACAAAAAGAUAAAUGUUUCUACUUAGAUGAUUUCAUGCUGUUUUUUUUUCGUAAAUGAUGGCAUUCAUAUAACAUCCAUUUCUUCGAGUAACAUAUGCUAUCUCUACAUACCGUAACAGUAAUGUACGGUUUGAUUCCUGUAUCAAUUAUUUUAAAUGGCUAAAGAAGUUUCCUCGGUUAACAGAGACCAGUUCACGAGAGUGGCACAAAACAAUCAUACUCCGGUCGUUCAACUAGUUCGGGUUCUAUAGCUUCUAAAACAAGAAAUAUACAAGACCAUUUAAGGCUUUAUAAAUUUUCUCGAUAUGAAGAUUUCACUUUGAGAUUAUUGAUGCUUAUGGACACUUCUUGACUGAUUUCAUUUGCAUGAUGUCACACUCUAACAAGUUGGUACAACAAAUAUUCACCCUUAUUCUAAUAACACGGCCAUGUAUCUUGCUCUCGUGGCCUAAGAAGAAUAAAAGAAAGAUAAGAUAUGAAAUUUUUCGAAAGGACGUCCGGCUAAGUGGUUCUUGUCCACUAAAUGAUUCUCUUGUCUUCUGAAGAUUUAUAUUGUCAAAAAUGCCUAUAUAUAUUUUUAAUUAUUCAUUUUGAGUUAACGGAGGAUGUUAAGCUCUUAAAGAUCUCGGAAUAUCCUGAUUUGCGUGGAAAAAUAAUCCCAACAUCAUGGAUCACCACUAUCUUGCAUUCUUUAUUAUGGAGCUUUCAUUUUGAUAACUUUUUUCUGACACGUUCUACGAAUAGGACCCUUUUUGUACUAAAUAUUGCGAUUAAGCAACUUCGAUCGAAUUAUUUGACGCGUGUGCCAAUUGUUUUUUUGGUCCCUCUAACCAUUUCAAUAGGCAAAACAAAGGUCAAUGCUUUGCUUGGCUCGACCUUAGACCAUCAAAAGUAACAUCUUAGUCGGAUUCUUUGACUUUUGAGAAUUUUUCUUCUCUUAAUUGCUAGGAGCACGAGUUACUUACCAUCUAGGGUUAAUGUAAAGAAAAUAAACCUAAAGAAUAUUAGGUUUAGGUUAGAUUUUUUACUACCCUAAUGCCGGUAAAUACUGAGAGGUUACGAGUCUGCACAUCCAUUCUACGUCUUCAGAAUGUAUAUUGGUACAUGAAUAUUCGUUUUUUUUCUCUUCUUUUAAAUUAAUUUAUGGUAAAUAUAUGUUGGCAAGCUAAAUAGCAUUAAAAUAAAGUUUAUUAGUGUUUUGAAGGAGUCAACUUUGUUCAUCAUUGGGUUGUUAAUCGGGCCGGCAAAUCUUUGAACAUGUUAUUAUAUAAACCUCUCUCUGUCUUCUCAAUUUGUUGCAUGCCUGCAUUACACAUCUGCCCUUGGUUCUAUAAGCUUAAUCAUGUUUCCUUUGUGAAAGGUCAAGCAUUGAAGGGCUAACGGUUGAUCUUGGUGAAGGUUUUUCCUGUUCCAGGUAUGUAUUUAUUAUGCAUUAAUGCUUGUAUUUGAUUCACGUAUGCAUGAAUUGAUAAAGUAGUUAUUCUUUAGCCGAUUAUGUACAAGAGUUAUCUUUCUUUGUUUAAUUAAACAAAGGCGGGCUUUUAAUUUCUUCAGACACAAGGAAUACGUUUUAGUCUCUUAUUGACAGGCCUGCUUAUUGAUGAAUAAAAUAACUUGCCAUUGCAGAUUUUACAUAACUGAGUUUUAGUAACUUCUUGCUCAAGCAAAAAGGAAGUUCGAAAUGGCCGGCGUAGACUCUCUCAAGGCUAUUAACACGGAGAGCAUUGAUCUGGAGAAUGUUCCCGUUGAAGAGGUUUUUCAACAUCUCAAGUGCACGAAAGAAGGGUUGACCUCUACUGAAGUGCAAGAGCGUCUUACCUUGUUUGGUUACAACAAACUUGAGGAGAAAAAGGAGAGUAAAAUACUCAAGUUCUUGGGGUUCAUGUGGAAUCCACUUUCAUGGGUUAUGGAAGCUGCAGCCAUCAUGGCCAUUGCUCUUGCACAUGGAGGAGGCAAGCCACCGGAUUAUCACGACUUCGUGGGUAUUGUGGUCUUACUUUUGAUCAAUUCAACAAUCAGUUUUGUAGAAGAAAACAAUGCUGGAAAUGCAGCUGCUGCUCUCAUGGCUCAGCUAGCCCCUAAAGCCAAGGCCAUCCGUGAUGGGAAAUGGAAUGAGAUAGAUGCAGCUGAGUUGGUUCCAGGAGAUAUAGUUGCUAUCAAACUCGGAGAUAUCAUUCCUGCUGAUGCUCGUCUACUUGAAGGAGACCCUUUAAAGAUUGAUCAGUCAGCUCUUACCGGUGAAUCUCUUCCAGUAACCAAAAACCCCGGUUCUUCAGUGUACUCUGGUUCAACUUGCAAGCAAGGUGAAAUCGAAGCGGUUGUUAUAGCUACUGGUGUCCACACUUUCUUUGGAAAGGCUGCUCAUCUUGUGGACAGUACUACCCAUGUUGGUCACUUCCAGAAGGUUUUGUCAGCAAUAGGAAACUUCUGUAUCUGCUCCAUUGCGGUAGGAAUGGCUAUUGAAAUCGUUGUUAUAUACGGUCUACAACAGAGAGGGUACCGUGUUGGUAUCGAUAAUCUUCUUGUCUUGUUGAUUGGUGGAAUCCCCAUUGCUAUGCCUACUGUUCUCUCUGUUACAAUGGCUAUUGGUGCCCAUCGCCUUGCUCAACAGGGUGCCAUAACAAAGAGAAUGACAGCCAUUGAAGAAAUGGCUGGAAUGGAUGUUCUUUGCAGUGAUAAAACUGGUACUCUCACGCUUAACAAGCUCUCCGUGGAUAAGAAUCUCAUCGAGAUUUUCAAGAAAGGCAUUGACAAAGAUAUGGCUGUGCUUAUGGCUGCAAGAGCUGCACGUUUAGAGAACCAAGAUGCUAUUGAUACUGCUAUUGUUUCCAUGUUGUCAGACCCUAAAGAGGCACGUGCAGGAAUCAAAGAACUCCAUUUUCUUCCAUUCAGUCCAGCUAAUAGAAGAACUGCACUAACCUACCUUGAUGGAGAAGGAAAGAUGCACAGAGUGAGCAAAGGAGCACCUGAGGAGAUUUUGGAUAUGGCACACAACAAACUACAAAUCAAGGAGAAAGUACAUUCUACAAUCGACAAGUUCGCAGAACGUGGCCUAAGGUCCCUUGGAUUGGCAUAUCAGGAAGUACCAGAUGGUGAUGUUAAAGGUGAAGGUGGUCCAUGGGAAUUUGUAGCUCUUCUUCCUUUGUUCGAUCCUCCUCGUCAUGACAGUGCACAAACCAUUGAGAGAGCACUUCAUCUGGGAGUCAGUGUUAAAAUGAUCACAGGUGACCAGCUUGCCAUUGCAAAAGAAACAGGAAGAAGGCUUGGAAUGGGAACAAACAUGUACCCAUCUUCAUCUCUUCUCUCAGCUAACCACACUGAAACAGUUUCCAUCGAUGAACUUAUCGAGAAGGCAGAUGGUUUUGCAGGAGUCUUUCCUGGUAAGCUACACUACAUUUUUAACUAUGAUCUUCCAGACAUGUUUAUGUCUGACAAUCAACUUCGAUUUUUUAUAGAGCAUAAGUAUGAGAUUGUGAUGAGAUUACAAUCUAGAAAACAUAUAUGUGGUAUGACUGGUGAUGGAGUGAAUGAUGCACCUGCAUUGAAGAAAGCUGAUAUUGGAAUUGCUGUUGAUGAUGCCACUGAUGCUGCUCGUAGUGCUUCUGAUAUUGUCUUGACAGAGCCUGGUCUUAGUGUUAUUAUCAGUGCUGUCUUGACUAGCCGUGCCAUUUUCCAGAGAAUGAAAAAUUACACGAUAUAUGCUGUUUCUAUCACUAUACGUAUUGUGAUGGGUUUCAUGCUUCUAUGUGUGUUCUGGGAGUUUGACUUCCCUCCAUUCAUGGUUCUUGUUAUUGCAAUCCUUAAUGAUGGUACUAUAAUGACCAUAUCAAAGGACAGAGUCAAACCUUCUCCAACUCCAGAUUGUUGGAAACUCAAGGAGAUUUUUGCAACUGGUGUUGUUCUUGGAGCUUACUUGGCUAUCAUGACCGUUGUGUUUUUCUGGGCAUCUUAUGAAACUAACUUCUUCCAUAACAUUUUUGGUGUGAGGAAUUUCAACCAGCACCAUUUUGACAUGAAAAACAAGGAAGUGGCUGCACAUUUGAAUGAACAGAUGGCUUCUGCUGUGUACCUUCAAGUCAGCACAAUCAGCCAAGCGUUGAUCUUCGUGACACGUUCAAGAAGCUGGUCGUUUGUUGAACGUCCUGGUUUCCUUCUUGUCAUUGCUUUCCUCAUUGCUCAGCUGGUUGCAUCGGCGAUAUCAGCAAUGGCAACAUGGCCUUUUGCUGGAAUCAGAAGCAUUGGAUGGGGUUGGACUGGAGUUAUCUGGAUAUUCAACAUAGUAACGUACAUGUUACUUGAUCCUAUCAAGUUCUUAGUCCGUUAUGCUCUAAGUGGCAAAUCAUGGAACCGAAUGGUCGAGCAAAGGACUGCACUCACUGGCAAGAAGAACUUUGGUAAAGACGAACGUAUGGCUGCAUGGGCCACGGAGACGCGUACACAGCACGGUUUAGAGACAGGUCAAAAGCCAAUGUAUGAGAGAAAUGGUGCAACGGAGCUUAACAGUUUGGCUGAUGAAGCUAAGAGACGUGCAGAACUUGCAAGAAUGAGAGAGCUUCAGACAUUGAAAGGGAAAGUUGAAUCAGCUGCAAAGCUGAAAGGCCUUGAUCUUGAAGAUGCUAACAACAACAGCUACACAAUCUGAGAGUCUCUUUAAUUAAUCUCUGCUUAAAUUCAUUUUCUAUGUUUUAUCUUCUUCUUAUAUGUGUAUUUACUGCUAUUCUUCUUGAUAUUGACAUUCAUUUGAUGGAAGAUAUGUCCAGUGUUGUUGUUAUCUUUCUUUGAUGCUUGCAAUUUUGUUACUCUUAUUUGAUGGGAAAGAAAUCACACUUGACUUGA